CUUCUGCUGACCCCACCGGCCUCUCAUCACCCUCUCUUCACUCUGACAGAUGCUCGUGAAUGUAUCCUGUGCAGCGGAGACUACUGGUCCAAUGAUGCUCACGAUGCAUGCGUACCAAAGAUCAUCGAGUACCUGGCCUUUGGGGAGCCGCUGGGCAUCACUCUCAUCGUCAUCUCUGCCUUCGGAGCAUUGGUUACCAUCGCUGUUGGGAUAGUGUUUGUCUUGCACAUCGGCACACCUCUGGUGAAGGCGAACGAUACACUGUUGAGUUUCUCGCUGCUUUUAUCGCUGGUUGUGACCUUCCUCUGCUCCAUCGUCUUCCUCGGAGAGCCUCAGCACUGGAGUUGCAUGACCAGCCAGGUGGCCCUGGCUCUGGGUUUUGCUCUCUGCCUCUCCUCAAUCAUGGGUAAAGCAGCGGUGUUGAUGCUCAGGGCCCAGGCUCUGAAAGCAGCUCGUGCCAGAGCCAAAGCCGCCACCAAAGCUGCAAAAGCAGCAGCCGAGGCAGCGGCCAACAGCAGCGGCCCUGACAUCAUCAUGACCAACACAAAUAACAACAGCGAUGCCAACGUCUAUGCCAAGCCUGAAGUUGACAUUAUCACCUGUGCCCACCAGAGGGCGAUAGCAGCCGUGGCAACAUUAAUACAGGCGAUCGCUUGCACAGUGUGGCUCAUCGUCCUCCCGCCUCACCCUGUGAAAAACACCUCGGCCCAGAAUAUAAAGAUCAUCCUGGAGUGUGACGAAGGCUCUGUGGUCUUCAUCUGCUGCAUCUUUGCUUAUGACAUCCUGCUGGCUCUGCUGGCCUUCAUCUUUGCCUUCAUUGCCCGAAAGCUGGAGGACAACUUCAGCGAGGCGAAGUGCGUGACCUUCGGCAUGCUCGUCUUCUUCAUCGUGUGGAUCUCCUUCGUCCCGGCCUACCUCAGCACACGUGGCAAGUUCAUGGUGGCCGUCCAGAUUUUCGCCAUCUUGGCCUCCAGCUUCGGCCUGCUCACCUGCAUCUUCCUGCCCAAGAGCUACGUCCUCUUGAUCAAACCCGAGCGCAACACGGAGGAGAUGAUGAGGCCCCGCCCCAAACUACGAGACGGAACCUCGACCGGGACCUCGGCCUCGCUCGCCACAGCCGCUACUGAGAUCAACGCUACGACUGCGUCCACAGCCAUUGAUGAUUAGUGGAGUAAUAAUAAGAGAUAACCUGAGCAAUGAAAUUCAAAAAAUGUAAAGUAAUGUAGAUGUCCG